AAUUAAUUAACCACAAACAAUAUACUAUAAGCUUUUAAUUUUUGAUAAUUUUGAUGGCAUUACAAAGUGUUUUUGUAAUUACUUUUGUGUUAUUUUCAUGUGUAAAUGCACUUAGCUCCAAUUACUAUGAUCAAACAUGUCCAGAUGCAGAAUCAACUAUUAGACAAGUUGUAAAAAAAGCAAUGUCAAAUGAUAAAACAGUUCCAGCUGCUCUUUUGAGGAUGCACUUUCAUGAUUGUUUUGUCAGGGGUUGUGAUGGCUCUGUGCUGUUGAAUUCAACAAAAAACAACCAAGCGGAGAAAGAUGGACCUCCAAAUAUUUCAUUACAUUCUUUUUAUGUUAUUGACGUUGCUAAGAAACAAAUUGAAAAUAUGUGUCCUGGCGUUGUCUCUUGUGCUGAUAUUUUAGCUCUUGCAGCUAGAGAUGCUGUCACUCUUUCUGGAGGGCCUUAUUGGGCCGUACCAAAAGGUAGAAAAGAUGGAAGAAUUUCUAUAGCCAGUGAAACAAGACAAUUACCUGGCCCAAAUUUUAACAUCUCUCAAUUGCAACAAAGCUUCUCCCAAAGAGGCCUUUCUUUAGAUGAUUUGGUUGCACUUUCAGGAGGACACACUCUUGGAUUUUCUCAUUGUUCAUCAUUCCGAAACAGAAUAGAAAACUUCGAUAGCAAAAACGACGUCGAUCCAUCACUAGACGCAUCGUUUGCAGCUAAUUUAAAGAAAAUAUGCCCUGUUAAAAACACAACAAAAAAUGCAGGGGCUACUAUGGAUACUACGACAUUUUUAUUCGAUAACGCGUAUUAUAAAUUAAUAUUGCAAAAGAAAGGUCUUUUUUCUUCUGAUUCAACUUUACUCACAAAUUCAAGAACCAAAACACUUGUUUUAAAUUUUGCCAAUUCCCAACACGAGUUCUUUAAAGCUUUUGCUGAUUCAAUGAUUAAGAUGAGCAGUAUCAGCGGUUCUGGUCAAGAAAUAAGGCAUGAUUGUAGAUUUGUUAAUUGAAGCUUGGUCUGAGCAUGGAGUCCUUUUUUAUUAGAGGAAUGUUUUAUUGCACGAAAAUAACUUGUAAUUUUUGGUUUGGUUUGAUUUUUUAUUCAUUUGUGUGGGUAAUAAUAUGUCAAAUGUGUGUUUCUAAGGAUGGAGAGGAGUUUGUGAAGGGAUUAAUUUGAGGAUUUGUAUUGAUUUGAUUGUACAUAUGCAAAAAUAAACAACUUCUUGUUUUUUAAUUUGAUUUAUGAAUGUACUCUUUUG